UGUAAUGUCGGGUGUCGCUGGCUGACUCACGUGACGGUGCUGGGUGGUUCUAAAGCUUGGUUCACGUGACUGGACGUUCCCUCCUCGUAUUAAGGACAUGAAAGGGAGCGAUACUGUCCGACUUCUGCAACCUGCUCCGAAAACAGGACCACGAAUAUGAAAAAAUAUUAAAUAACCGCCAAAUAAAGGGGASAGAAUAAGAGUUAAAGGAAGGUCGAUCUUUACUUUUCGGGGUUGUUGUUGCACUGCCUGGACAGCUGCUUUGGACAAGCGGUUUGUGCUAUCCGUUAAACUGAACUCUGGACUUGAAACAUGACUCGAACAUGUCCAUUCGUUGUCGGGAUCGCCUGCUUUGCGAUUCUCGGUUGUGUGACAGUAGUCCAGUCUCAGGUCACUCUGGAGGUGACAGAGGGAAACUCCACCUGUAUAAAAGCUGAACUCUCCGCCUCCUUCUCCAUCACCUAUGACACCGCCAACGGCACGCGUACGGUGACGGUGCCCCUCCCAGGGUCGGCGGUGGUGGGUGUGGCCAGCUCGUGUGGGGGUGACGGCCGCUCCCCCUGGCUCGUGGGGUUGUUCGGGGAUGGCCACGCCCUGGGCCUCAGCUUCUCAUCCAAUGACAGUCUGUACAGCGUCGCUAACCUUACCCUGCAGUACAACCUCAGUGACGUCUCUACCUUCCCAGAGGCCAACAGCACCGAUGUGGUAACUGUGGAGACGACCUCUGUAGGGAUGGUUGCUAGGGUCAACACCACCUACAGAUGUAUCAGCGCCUCAUCUGUCAUAGUGGGAGGAGACACCGUCACCUUCUCAAACGUCACGAUGGAGGCCUACAUGACAGGAGACGAUCUGAGCCCCAACG